AUGAACCUUUUUUGUGCAAACCUACUGGAAAGAGCACAGGAAUUCACCAAAUUCUCCAAGAAAUGUUCGGAGAGAUGGAAGACCAUGUCUGCAAAGGAAAAACUGAAAUUUAAAGGUAUGGCAAAAAGUGACAAAGCUUGCUGUUAUAACCAUGAGAUGAAAAAUUAUGUUUCUCCCAAAGGUGACAAGAAAGGAAAGAAAAAAGAUCCCAAUGCUCCUAAAAGGUCUCUGUCUGCUGUUUUACUGUUUUGUUCUGAACAUUAUCCAAAGAUCAAAAGUGAACACCAUAAGAAAAAAAAAAAGGGUGUAUUGUGGUCUGAACAGUCAGCCAAAGAUAAAGAACCAUAUGACCAGAAAGCAGGUAAGCUAAAGGAGAAAUAUGAAAAGGAAAUUGCUGCAUCUUGUGUCAAGGGCCAAAGUGAAGCAGGAAAGAAGGGUCCUGGUAGGCCAACAGGUUCAAAGUAG